AUGUCGUCCAGUCAUCCGAUACCCCAGAUGGUUAACAUCUCGCACGCUUUGCAGUCUACUGCUGUCGAGAAGAUACGUAGCGACAUCAAGGAUCUACAACAAGUGGCGGAGCUGACCUUGGACCAAAAGCAGACCAUCAAUAAGUACAUUGAGUCGCUGAAUGCGGCCUUUGCCCAAUUUACGAAGGAUAAUGAGCAUGUAGAGCGAUCUGUGGAUAAGUCGAUCACUGCAGCAGAUACGCAGUUGUAUAUGGGACUUAAGGGAAUGUACACAGAUUAUUUGUCGCAGUUAGAAAGGAUAAGGCAAGAAAAGAGCACGGAUGUGGUAAACGCAAAAGCCAGUAAUGAGUCUGUACUGCAUAUUAUUAAAGAGGAACUGCCCACAAAACAUGCCAAGGAAAGAAGGCUGUACAUCGAUAAGCUGAUUAAAAACUAUCCAAAUGACAAGCUGCCGAAAAAAUCGGUUGGAUUGGUCCAAUCGAUCAUCAAGUUAUGCUCACUAGAUUCUGACUUUACGCCGACCUUGAAAUCUUAUGUCCAUUUGCUAAAGAUGAUGGGGUACAAAUAUGAGGCUAUUAAGAAGUAUGUCCCGCAAGACCUAGACAACCUGAUGUCGGAGCUCUUUGACAAGGGAUCUACUAAGAAUGAAGAGAUUUCAUCUUUGAUGGCAAGCAAUGGUGAUUCUCAAAAUGCAUUGUUGGAUGAUGAGCCCAAGAAAAAGAUUUCAUUCUCUAAAUAUCUGAAGAAAGGUGAUGAGGUAGUUAACGAGAAUAAUAAACGAGAAUCAUCUAAAAUAUCUGAGAUCACAAGUCGACCAGCGAAGAUAAUUAAAAAAAAUAAUAAGGGUAUUGGCAGUAAUAGCGGCACCAAAGUUUCAUUAAAUUCGAUUUUAAAAACGAGCGGUAGCAGUCGAAGUAAGAGGAGUUCCACGGGGAUUAGAUUUGAAGAUGAUUCACAAUUAGUACGAGUUUACGGCUAUGGGCUACCGAACGAGGGGUUGAAAGUCUCGCCUGAAGAGCUGAAAAAGGUGCUGAAGCCAUUCAAGGAAGGUGAACCUCGCGAAGCUCUGCUCAUUAAGAACUACGAAGGAAAGGCCAAAGAGCUGGAUAUCGAGUUUGAUAUGUUGGCAGAGCAAUCAGAUAUCUCAGAGCUCAAAGGUGGUCCAAUCCCGUGUGACACCGCAGUGCCCUUGAAAUAUCGAAAGGGUUUCUCUAACUUCACCUCAGAUCUAGGUAAUAAACCUGCAAGAGAACCUGUUAUCAUAGAUGAUCUAAAUGAAAACUCCAAAAACUUGAAAGGCCCAUUAAUAAUGAAAGCGUUUGGUAAAAAUAGUUUACUUCUGCGGAAAGAUAGGGGAGGAAUUCCCUACAGGCGAAUUCCAGAUGUUGUGCCCAUCAAUUAUCCACCACGACCCGUUGAUUAG